AUGGGAUACGAAAGGCUCGAACCAUCCAAACCAACUGGUUCGGUCACCACGACCACAUCUCCUCCGGCUCCGAACCACCACCAAAUCUCCACGUCAGCACAACCGGAGACCACCAAUCGGAGAAGAAAGAAGCUUCUUAUCUCCUCCAUCGUCCUAGCCUUCGUACUUAUCCUCGCCGCCGCGAUCUUUGCCGGAAUCCGAACACAAGUCAAGUCCGGCCAACACGUUCCAGGCCUAGCUAGGAAACCAAGCCAAGCAAUCUCAAAAGCUUGCGAGUCAACUCGUUACCCCGAGUUAUGCGUUGACUCACUCAUGGACUUCCCCGGCUCACUCGCCGCUUCCUCCACUAAAGAUCUGAUCCACGUGACGGUGAACAUGACGCUACACCAUUUCAGCCACGCUCUAUACUCAUCUUCUGCCUUCUCCUUCAUCGACAUGCCUCCACGUGUCCGCUCCGCAUACGACUCUUGCCUCGAGCUACUAGACGAUUCCGUUGACGCGCUCUCACGGGCUCUCUCCUCCGUCGUUUCCUCCGGUACUCAAGCUAAGCCACAAGACGUGACCACGUGGCUAAGCACGGCUCUUACGAACCAAGACACGUGCGCGGAAGGAUUCGACGGCGUCGACGACGGCGGAGUAAAGAAUCAGAUGACGGCGGCGCUAAAGAAUCUCUCUGAGCUUGUGAGCAACUGUCUUGCCAUCUUCGCCGCGAACGGCGACGGAGAUGGUAACGAUUUCGCCGGAGUGCCGAUACAGAACCGGAGACUUUUAGAAGUUAGAGAAGACGAGAAAUUUCCGACAUGGCUCGAGGAGAGAAGUGAGCGUGAGUUACUUGAAAUGCCGGUUUCGCAGAUUCAAGCUGAUAUCAUCGUAUCACAAGACGGUAACGGAACGUGCAAAACGAUAUCGGAAGCUAUCAAGAAAGCUCCGGAACACAGUCCUCGCCGGACUAUUAUCUACGUAAAGGCCGGAAGGUACGAAGAGAACAACCUCAAGGUCGGUAGAAAAAAAAUUAACUUGAUGUUUGUUGGAGAUGGGAAGGGUAAAACGAUCAUUUCAGGAGGGAAAAGCAUAUUUGACAACAUUACCACUUUCCACACGGCCACCUUUGCCGCGACAGGAGCUGGAUUUAUUGCAAGAGACAUUACAUUCCAAAACUGGGCUGGUCCAGAGAAGCACCAGGCGGUUGCUCUCCGCAUCGGAGCUGACCACGCGGUAAUCUAUAGGUGCAAUAUAAUCGGUUACCAAGACACGCUCUACGUUCAUUCAAACCGUCAAUUCUUUCGCGAAUGCGACAUUUAUGGUACAGUCGAUUUUAUCUUCGGCAAUGCAGCCGUAGUGCUACAAAACUGUAGCAUCUACGCACGUAAACCCAUGGCAUUUCAGAAAAACACAAUCACGGCUCAAAACAGAAAAGACCCGAACCAAAACACCGGAAUAUCGAUACAUGCGUCUAGGGUUUUGGCUGCAGGCGAUCUCCAAACGUAUCUAGCGAGUAACAACACUAACGGUACUGUCCAGACGUAUCUAGGUCGACCGUGGAAGCUAUUCUCCAGGACGGUUUAUAUGUUAUCGUUUAUCGGUAACCAUGUACACACUAGAGGAUGGCUCGAGUGGAACACAACAUUUGCUUUAGAUACUUUAUAUUAUGGAGAGUAUUUGAACACUGGACCCGGGUCGGUUCUUGCGCAACGUGUGAAUUGGCCAGGAUAUCGGGUCAUCAAUUCGACGGCCGAGGCAAACCGGUUUACGGUGGCGGAAUUUAUAUAUGGUUCGUCAUGGUUGCCUUCGACCGGGGUUUCGUUCUUGGCCGGAUUAAACAUUUAG